CCAUUCGACAAUAUAAUCUGAAAUUUAUCGACAAAGCAGACAUGCAACCUUAUCCUCAUCGUCAAUGGAAGUUUUAAUGGUCCUGCCUGAGCCUGCGAGAGGCGUCGACUGUUCCACCGUUGAACUCGAAAAUGGCGUCCAACCUUCUCAGACUUCAGACUCGGACCAUAACGCACAAACAUCCCUCAACUCCAUUGUCAACUAGCUCAAGGGUCUCUCAUCUUGCUCCCUCUUUCAAGUUUCCUGCCCAUCAGCUUCAUUCCCAUGUCAUCUUCCCUAUCCACUCCUCUCUGUCUUCUUCAAACCCACCGGCCUCGAAGGAAGAAGCCAUCCUUCAAGCGAAAACCUGCCUCUCAACCACCCUAGAGAAGCCCCUUAACAACCCGAAGCUCACCGGCAAGCUCAAGAAACUCAAGCAGCCCAGGUUCCAGGUUGAGAUCCCGGUCAUCGAUGACUCACCUGACUCGCUCUCCGGGCUCGCCGCCGAAGUUUUCCGUGACCUGCCCAUCAAGAGGAAAGGCUCACCUGUCAAGGUUCUGUUGCUGUGGCCAAACCGGGAAGCAGCAGAAAACGCCUCCAAGUCGAUCUCAUCGAGCAAGAUUGUGAUCAGCCAUGUGGACAUAUCAUCUAUUCUCGAUGAUGGUGAUCCGAGGAUGUUGGGCUCUGGUGACGUGGCAGUGUUCUUGGCACCGGAAUCUUCCCAGAUUGUGGUUAUAAAGACAAUUACUGAAGCUCUAUACCCGAAGCCGGUCGUGCUAUUCAACCCGAGGUGGGUUUUCGAGGAAGAGGAGAGCUUCGGGGAGAUGGGCGGCUUCGUGGGUUCGUUCGAGGUGAUAUAUUCAUUCAUGGGCUUGGAGGUGAAAGGGAUCUUGAGCAAGAGGAAAGGGGUGGUUUUCAAGUGUGUGAGGGAUGGAGUGUUGAGUGGGGAAAGGUGGGCUGUUCUUGUCGAAGAAGAAGGCGGGGAGUUGAAGGUCAUCUCAAGGUUCAAGUCUCGGCCAUCCAUUGGUGAAGUCGAGAGCGUGCUGUAUAACUUGAUGGCCAUCAAUUCUCCGAUCACAAAGUCCGCAAAGUUGUUGAGAGAUUUGGUCUCAAAUGUUACCGGGAAGAAGUAAACCUAUUAGGAUGUUAUUCUUCUGUUUUUCAGCUGCACUGAUUGCUCAUAUGAAUGAAAGGUUGAAACUUUGAGCUAAUUGUCAAUCUCAUUCUGCUGAAUUGAGAGUAUUUCUCGAAGUUGUCUAAAACUGAAGGGAGUUUUUAAUCAUGCUGAAUAAGUUUCUCUAUCUUCAUACAUUCAGCAUUGCAUUAUUUCGAACAAUUUCUAAGUGUUCCACUUUCUAGGGAUAAAUCCGAGUGUAGGGAUUGAAAGAUUUACAUGAGCCUGCAGCUGUUCUCUUUUUUAUGUA